CAGCAUCCUCGACCCUCGUCAGUGUACUACUAACCGUGGCAUGGUGAAGAACUCUCUCUAACUCACAGUGUACUACAAACCGUGGCCUAGUGAAGUCUCUCUAGGUCACAGUGUACUACUAUCAUAACCAUUGCGCGGUAAUCUCGAACACAAUUCUCAAGGUGUGAUAAACCUGGCAGGAUCGUUAGACUAGGUACUGACAGUGAGCACUGACCAUAUAUAUAGAGAGUACGGUACUCAAGAGAUUUACGUAUGGCUAAAGAAAAGCUGAGCGAGAUUAUACAAGGUUUUGUUCAAUUGAGCGUCUAAACAAAAUCGUGUUGAAUGUCACCUUAAGACACUACAUAGUCGAGAUUAUUGUGAAACACAAUACAAAUACUGCAAAACAAAUUUGAAUUCUGACAAGAGAUGACCGAUUAAUUUCGUGAUUUAUGAACCUACUGAGAAACUCUGUCCGCAUCAUAAAUGAUCACUAUGCCGCUCAUAAAAGAACAUAGUAUCAGAUUGCUCGAAAAUGAUGGAAUCUCAAGAAAUACAUAGUUCAGAAUGGCACAAAGGACACGCCCCUAAAGAUUACGUCCAAUCCCGGUUCCUCUAUAGAGCUUCACAAUGGCCUCAUGUCAGACGGCGCUGCAUCGUCUUGCUUGCUCAUUGAAGAUGAUCCAGAAGAACACACUCUCACAGAGACUAUCCCACCUCUCUUCUUGGCAAUCAAGAUCAGUGACGUGCGCGCCAUUGAAUAUACUCUUAGCCAGGACCCAAAGCUAGUGAACAAUCCAAAAUACAGCGGGUUUCCCUCAGUACACUAUGCUUGUAAACAUGGGAAUCUUCUGUGUCUUAGAAAACUAUUGGAACAUGGUGCUAAUGUGGGCGCAUAUGACGCUUUCGGCAACACUGCUUUGCACCUAGCAGUUUACGAGUCUUGGCACGAGGGGGUAGCAGAACUGCUUCGUCACGGGGCGUCCCCAGAUGCAAGAAACGAACCACCAAAAUCCGUGAGAGAAAUCCGAUCCGAGACGCCCUUACAGGCCGCACUUCGUCUCGAAGAUCUGACGGCCGUUUCCCUUCUCUUGGAACAUACAACGGACCUCGGACAGCUUGACAGUGAUCAAUCAACCGUGCUCCACCUAGCCGCCAAAACCCGCAACCUUAAGUUACUGAAUCGCCUACUGAAAGAAGAUGUAUGUCGACAAAUAGUUGGCGAAAAAGACUGCCUUGGCAAUAGUGUUUUUCAUGCCGUGCUAUCUAAGAAAUGUCUCCCUGAAAAUGAAAUAACUUGUAUAGAGAUAUACCGGAAUUUCAUAAAAGAUGGUGCGGGCAUGUACGUGGAUGAUGUGAAUAAUCAGGGCGAGAGUCCAAUUUUUCUGGCUGCUCAGCUGAAAUUACCUAAGCUAGUAGAAUUUCUCCUUUCAGCAAACGCUGACCCCACGCAAGUGACUAAGCAAGGACAGACAUUAAUACACGCAGCUUGCUAUAGUGGAUGUGCUACUUCUCUCUCGCAGCUCCUCAAUACAGGCCUUCUCUACAGCCAGGUAACACAAGUAGAUAAGAAAAACAAUGAUCCAUUUUACUAUGCCGUACACAGCUGCUCAAUAGACUGCUGUGAAUUGUUGCUGGAAAACGGAGACCACCUGACCCGUCGAGAUAGCAAUGGCAUCACUCGCUUUGCCCUUAUUCUCAAACAAUUACCUUCGGCCAGUCAACUCUUGCAGCGUCUCUUCGAUGCUCGCAUUAGUCUGUCUAGAAAACCCCACCAUGACCCCGACUUUCACAUCAUUUUCGAUUAUUCCGUAAUACUCUCAGAAGAUAAGAAAGUAUUCCAAAGCUCACUCAUGUCGGAGUUCACAAGGUCUCACUUGGAACCUCUACUGAAGCAUCCACUCCUAGAGAGCUUCCUUUACUUGAAAUGGCAAAAGAUUAAACCACUCUUUUAUCUCAGUGUGUUCAUGUACUUUCUAUAUUUAAUGACACACACUUUAUUUAUCAUAGUGACGUUUGGUUACAAACAAUCAUGCUUUUCUAAUCAAACAGAAACAAUUGAGAUGUUUGUCGCUUUCCACGUGAUUUUACUUUUAUUCACACUUAUACCUGAUUCGAUAAUCUUGUUUGCAAACUUUAAAAAGUAUCUCUGGCACAUAGAGACUUACACUAAAGCCGUUGCAAUCAUAAGCUCAGUAGUUGUACUGUACUGCGUAUCUGUUCCUACACAUGUACACUGGCUAAUGAGUUACUUUUCUGACAAGAUAACACCGAACGACAGUUUAUUAGUUGACGAAUGUCACAACGUUAGUUUACACACCUACGAAGUCAAGCCUCUCAAUAUCAGCAAAGUCAAGAUGGUUCGUUACGCAGCCGCAAUUUCUUCCUUCUCAGGUUGGUUAGAGUUUAUGAUGCUCCUUGGACGUUUCCCUAUAUUUGGUGUUUACGUACUCAUGUUUACUCGCGUUGCCAAAUCCAUCAUCAAGUUUGUGGUAGCGUUUUCUAGUCUGCUUAUAGGUUUUUCUCUUUGUUUCAUGGUCCUCAUGAACGAAUCCCCAGCCUUCCAAAACUUCCCACUGAGUCUUAUAAAAAUUCUGAUGAUGAUGAAUGGGGAGAUCGAAUACAGUACCUUGUACGAGGACAUGCAGAUGCCGGUUGUUAGCCUGGCUGCACUUGCAUUGUUCAUGUUCUUAGUCUGCAUCAUAAUGGCAAAUCUCCUUAUUGGCUUGGCGGUGAGUGACAUUCCCGAUAUACAACGCCAAGGAAAGAUACGUCGCCUGGCCAAACAGGCUGCAUACCUCGCGUCAUACGAUAAGCUGAUCACCGUCGCACACAAUUCAAGGUACUUUCCAAAGUGUCUACGCAAGAGUAUGUCCCAUCGAAGCAAUAUCUCAAGAGAGGAGUCAAUCUAUCCAAACAUGAAUAGUAUGGGACGAAAGUUCCAACGAGCUAUACCGCGUGAGACCAUACACGAAGCGAUCUUACGUGGAAAUAGCCACGAUGCAAGACAUGAUCUCAUAGAAGAAAAAGAAGAGGACAUCAACAUUCUCUUCAAGUCUUUUAAAUUAGCGUACAAUAAAGACAGGAAACUUGUACACGAGAAGCUCAAAUGCCUUCCCGAGGGCGUCGUCACAGAAAAUGUGUUAAAGGAAUAUCUAGAUCACCUGCAAAACACCAUGGAAUGUAGACUGACGCAACUCACGCUUCAGGUCACUCAGCAGCUGCAGGAAAACCAAAGUCUCGUCCAGACACCACAAUUACAUUCUCGACAUACAGACGUUCCCUUAUCCUGACCCCUCCCUUCGAGGUGAUCUACAAGUGCCUGGGCGAAAUAGAUAUGCAACGUAUGUACCACAUAAUUGUUCUGUAAAUUAACUACCUUAGCUAGAUAUGGCUCCUCGGCUAUCUGUGCAAUAGUUAUCUGUACAGUGUUUGUAAGAUUGUUCAAAAUCUAAGUCGCUUUAGUUUUGUUUUUAAUCUUAAGUAACGCUAUUAAAGAAUUCAAAUAAGAA